AUGGCCAAAAAAGGAGCAAAGAACAAAAAGAAGAACAAUAACAAUAAUAAGCAACGCCUACCAGUGAACGAUAAUAAGUUUUCCCUCCCUGAAGACAACCCUACAGCCGAGUCCGGCCUUGAAGAGGCCGCCGAGGCUGGGGACCAUGGCCAACCUACAACCUUCGACCGUCAAACUUUGCAAUUUUCAUUUUAUCCCGUCACUGCUACUUCUUCGGAUGGUCUGACAUCGGAUAAGGACCAGGAUACCACCAAUAACGCGACCAAUUUAGAGGAAGGCCCACCCCCAGAGAGUGCUCCCGUAGAAGAAUCAAGUAGUUCUCCUGAUGACGCUGCGCCUGCACCGGAAUCUCAAGAGUCACCUGAAGAGGCAGCUGCCCCACCUCAGCCAGAACCGUCAGAUGAGCCUGCACCAGAAGCCAAGGAAGAAGCAGAACCUGCGCCAGAGGCAGACGGUACCGAGCAGAAAGCGGAAGACGCUGCCAACCCCGACGAGUCCGAGACGCCAGCUGCCACUGAAGAUGCCGCGCAAGACCCACCGCCCGAGGACGGUGAUGGUGCCGCAGCCGCGGUAGCUGAAAGUUCUGUAGCGGAAACCAAGGAAGGAGACAGCAACGAGGAUGAUUUCCCAGAAUGUGAUCCGUCCGCGGAGCUCGAUAAGGUCGAGGCCGAGAAAGAGGAAGCGGCACGGCAAGCGGAGGAGGAUGCCAAAGCAGAAGAGGAGGCAGAAGCAGCCGCAGCCGCAGCAGGGGUUCCUGAUGACGUCGAUAUUGAUACUGGAAAUGAGAACUCACCUACAGAUAAUCCAGACAGCGAAGAAGCUGCCCCCGUACAGGACGAUCCACCAACGGACGGGUCGGCAGAAGAAGAUGCGACGAAACCUGACACGGAGGAUAGUCCAGCCCCGGAGGGACCUGCCGAAGAACAGAGCGACCCAUCAACAGAAGCGGAGCAGCCCGUCGCUGAAGAACAAGCUCCCACCGAGGAACCUCCUGCUGAGGAGCAGCCCGCUCCUGAAGAGCCCGCCGCGCCAACUGAAACGGCGGAGGACAACACUCCAGAAGAAGCGAUAGCUGCCGAGGAUGCAACAGCAGACAACGUUGCAGACGAAACGACACAGGAAGAGCCCACUGCCGAGAAAGCCGCUGAAGAGCCUGUAGCUGAAGAAAACCCAGUGGAGGACAAGCAAGAGGAGGUAACCGAAGCUCCCGCAUCCGAAGAAGCAGCAACUGAGACACCGGCCGCGGACGAAGCUGUGGCUGAAGAUGCUGCCGCCGAAGCGGCUCCAGAAGCACCGCCAACUGACGACGUGGCCCAACCAGAAGAAACUCCUGCGGAAGCCCCAGCGGCAGAAAAGGAAGCGGACGCUUCUGAAGAACCACCCGAGCAACCUCCGACUGAAGAAGUCGUCGAAGAAUCUGCUUCCCCCGACCCUGAGGCUGAAGAGCCAGCACCUGCCGAGCAGCCCCCUCCUGCAGAUGAGCCUGCGCCUGAAGAACCUCCUGCUGCUGAGGAGCCGGCACCUGCUGCGCCUGAAGCCGAGGAACCUGCGCCACCGGAGGAGACUCCAGCUGAAGAGGCUCCUGCUGCAGAACCGACUACUGUUGAGGAUGUGACCCCUGAGGAACCUGCUUCUGUUGAAGAGGCACCGGCUGAAGAACCUGCACCGGCUGAAGAACCUGCACCGGCUGAAGAACCUGCUCCGGCUGAAGAACCUGCUCCGGCUGAAGAACCUGCUCCCGCUGAAGACUCUGCUGCCGCCGAGGAGAUUCCUGCUGAGGAACCUGCUCCUGUGGAAGAACCUGCUGAGGAACCCACGCCAGUUGAAGAGCCCGCCCCUGCUGAAGAGCCUGCUCCAGCGGAGGAACCUGCUCCCGUUGAAGAGGCUCCUGCUGAGGAAUCUGCUCCCGUUGAAGAGCCUCCUGCUGCUGAGGAGAUUCCUCGUGAAGAGCCGGCUCCCGAGGAACCUGCCGCCGUCGAGGAACCUGCUCCUGUGGAAGAACCUGCUGAGGAAUCUGCUCCCGUUGAAGAGCCCGCCCCUGUUGAAGAGCCUGCUCCAGCGGAGGAACCUGCUCCUGUGGAAGAACCUGCUGAGGAAUCUGCUCCCCCUGCUCCAGCGGAGGAACCUGCUCCAGCGGAGGAACCUGCUCCCGCUGAAGAGCCUGCUGCUGCCGAGGAGGUACCUGCCGAGGAACGUGCGGUUGUUGAGGAAGACGCUCCUAUUGAAGAACCUGUCCCAAUCGAAGAAGCUGCUCCUGUGGACGAAGAAGUCUCCGAAGAGGCUCCAGACGCAACGCCUGUUGAGGAAACCUCAAGAGAUAUCGAUGGCUUGGAGCCCUUGGAAGCAGCCUUGCCAGCUGUUGUUCCAGCCGCCAUAGCAGCCGAACGUGCACGCAGGAGAAAGAGGCGGUCCCCGGAUCAGGACCAGAGACGACAUUCGAAGAGCUCCUCUGAGGAAGUACGAAGAUCAUUGCCACGCCAGAAACUUGAGCGAAGUGGCAGUCUCCUUAAUCGGUGGAACAAAGCCCUCGAGGAGGCCAAGCGACAGCAUGAACAAAAGCUAAGGCAGGAGGAAAUACGGAGUAAAGACAAAUUCCAUGCUCCAGAGAAGGCAGAGAAGGACAGGCAUUCCUCGGAGCGAGAGCGCUCUAAACGAAGCGAGCGUUCGUCGAAAGAAGCUGCCGUGGAUGUCAAGCCCAGUCGACGAAGAUCCGAGCGCUCAGCCACCUAUGAAGUCGAGCGUCCUUCGCGGGAAAAGGCUGCUGUGACUAUCGAACCGAGCCGAAGGAGCAGAGAGCACUCCAGUAGCCACGGAGGCGAACGUAGAAGUACCUCCUCACGGGAUGGCCAUGCAUCGGGCUCGAAGCCGCGAGCCUUCCUGAAAUACAUGACAGCGGAAUCAGAAACGAAUGGUCCUCUUCUCAAGAUUAAUGGCGACAAGGCUGCUGCAAAUGUGUUUGAGCGUCGGUCUUCCACAACCCAUUCACACAGUCACCGUCACUCGCACGAAGGAAGAGGGUCCGACCGGUCCGCGAGCUCCCAUCAUACGGCGGAGGAAGAGCAGGCUCGACGCGAGAGAAGGGCGCGACGAAGGGCUGCAGAAGAAGCAGAGCAGGCAAAGGAAAGAGAAACGUCCGACCAUCAUCGCCAUCGUCAUGGAGGAGAAACGCGCCAUCACCAUCACAGACGCCGGAGAGAUGAGCCUCCAAAGGAAGAGUCGAAGCUCAAGAAUUUCCUCAAGGCUGUUGUUGCUCAUUAA